UAACUCUCGUGAUCACGUGGCACGAGUCAUUCGAAUAAAUUGGCGUCUCGCUAAGCAGAUUGUUUACUCGAAUCUACACUUAUUAAUUCGUCCCGUUUUCUACAUUGAUUUAUUUCUUAUUUCUCAUAUAUAUAUAUAUACAUAUAUAUACAUACAGAUUCAUUUUAUUAUAUGAAUUAAUAAUGAGUGGCCACCAUCGUGGAAAUUUCUCUGUUACGACUGGAAGAGACGGGUCCCGUUCAGUUUAUGAUGAUAAAUCAAGACCUUUCUACAAGCGAUCCAAGUGGCAUGGAAGAGGUGGUCGACGAAACAGGAAAGGUGGCGCUGGCGGAGCAAAUCCUAGAUCACAUCUUGACGAUGAAGAUGAUUUCCAAAUGGGUGAUGAUUUACCAGGAGUCUCAAAUCAAAGACAUGUGCCUUAUCGUAAAAAUCACAGGAAGCGACCUCAGAAUAAGAUCUUAGAGAUGGAUAAAGUGCAGAACAGCGGUCGAUUAAAACGUCUUGGCUUACCAGUACAUAGCAAACAUUCUGAUAAUAAUUGGUAUCGUGUAAAGAUACCAUGCAGACAGAAGUUGGAAAGGAAUUUUAUUAUUAGAGAAAUCGAAAGUUAUAUCAAUAUGCCAUUCCAAGUAUCAUUUUUUAAAAAUGAACGUGGCAGCUGUUGUUUUUAUGUCCAAGAUAAAGUUACUGCAGAUGCUAUCCGUCAAGUGGAUAAGAAGAUAAUGAUGCCUGAUGGAUUCAAAUUGGCUGUAAUUGUGAAACCUUCUUGUGCACCUGGCUUAACCCUGGAUGAUAGAACACUGGAUAAACUAAAGCUUUGCCUGAGUGAACGCUAUGAUUCCUCUAUCAAGAUGCUUCGACUAAAUAGCUUGUAUCAAGAUGAAAUGUUGAAAGGUACUGAUUCGUUCAUGGCUUUGAAUCGACCACAAGUGAUGACUAACGUUGUUACAAUAAUCAAAGAAAACAUACCAGAGUUGGUAUCUCUUGAUAUUAGUUGUAACAAAUUGGUGACUUUGGAAUAUUUAUCUCCACUAGUUUCCUACACUCCUCAUUUGAAAAACUUGAAUCUUGGUAAAAAUACGCUAAAGUCUAUUGAAGAAUUAGAGAAGAUUAAAGACUGGAAACUCGAUGAAUUGAUCCUCGAAGGCAAUGAAUUGUGUAAUAGAUUUAAAGACCAUUCAGUUUAUGUCAGAACUGUAAGAAAGAAAUUCCCAAAAGUUUUAAAAUUGGACUGCCAAGAUCUUCCACCACCAAUUGUCUUCGACUUGGAAUCUGAUAUUGACCUACCACCUUCAAAAGAUAAUUACUUCAUGAAUGCUGAUGUUCAAAAUUUACUGGUUAAAUUUUUAAAGCAAUAUUAUUUAAUAUAUGACUCAGAUAACAGACAAGCAUUAGUUGAUGCUUAUCAUGAUCAGGCUAUAUUCUCAUUUGCAUGUAUCUUCAACCGUGCACUUGGCAAGCAGCCUUCAUUGAAUGAAUACAUCAGUGAAAGUAGGAAUCUACUCAAAUUAAAUGCUGGUCGACGCGAUAAACACUUAAAGGUUGGACGGGUUAAUGUUGUUUCACAGCUUCGGUUAUUGCCAGGAACACAACAUGACCUUAAUUCAUUUCACAUUGAUGUUCAACACCUAUCGAGAACAUUGCUUAUUUUCAGUGUUUUUGGAAUUUUUAAAGAAACUGAAUCAAAAGGGGAACCUCCAAUUCGUACAUUUAGUCGAAUGUUUAUUACAACCCCACAGCAGGAUGGUAUUGUCAUAGUGAAUGACAUGUUGACAAUAUCUAAUGCCACUUCUGAACAGAUACAGUCUGCCUUCAAGACUCCUGCACCAACACCUUCAUCCAGUCCAACACAAGGAGGGUCUGCUUUGGUUGAAACUGUCAAUACACCUCCUGCUCCUCUCACUCUCCCAAAUGCCACAGCUGCGUGCAAUGUAUCAUUAACAGAAAUCCAGAAAGAAAUGGUGUCACAGUUUUCAGUCCAGUCAGAAAUGAAUGCUGAAUAUUCAUUGCAGUGCCUACAACAAAACAAUUGGGAAUAUGAGAAAGCUGCACAAGUCUUCCUCAACCUCAAGACAAAUGGCAAAAUCCCAUUAGAAGCAUUCAUCAAAUGAAGAAUAUCUACCAUUCAUUUAUUUAUGUACAUUCUUGUAAAUAUUUCAUACUCAUACAUUUUUUUUUUGUUAGUUUCCAAAUGUUAGUACAUGUUUUCUCUCUGUUGUGUUGCUGGCAUAAAAUUGUGUGUGUGGAUUGCAAUGUGAGCAAAAUUUUGUAAAACUUCAAAGACUUGAACUACUAUGAGAUUGAUAAACGAUUGUGUGUAUAUAUAUAUAUAUAUAUAUACACACACACAUGUUUGUCUUUGUGUGUGUGUGUGUGUGUGUGUGUGUGUGUGUGUGUGGUGUGUGUAU